UUCUCAAGUUUGUACUUCCUAUAACUAACCUAAUGAAUAUGAUUGGUUCUUAAUUUUCAAUUAGAAGCAUGUUAUUUGUUUUUUUUUUGCAAAGGAUUGAUGACAUGACAUCAUUAAUCUAUCUUUGUUUUAAUCAAAGAUAUCAUUUAAUGUUUUGUAUUUCCCAUUGAAAUAUUUCAUUGUUGUUAUUUGUCUUAUUCUUUCCUCCGUAAUUCCCGUGUAAUUUUACAAACAAGAACCUAAUUUAAGAAAGGAGCGAGUAACAAGUACAAGAAAUGAAGUCGGAUUCAGAUUGAUUGAUCAAACUUCGUCUACGAUAAUGGUACUAAUCUCAAACCCGAAAUCAAACCCGAUCCAAUCAAACCCAACCUAUUCCAAGCACCACACCUCAGGUAAAUUAAAAGUAGUACGGAAAUACAAAAGAAAUAUUGACACGAUUUACUAGUAGACGACGCUACGUUGUCAUUUUUCAACAAAUGCAACAACUGUGUCUGUGUUAUUCCAUUCUCCACUAUUCCACUCUACCCCUGUUCUUCACAUUUAACUAAUUUUCUUUCCAGAAAUUGCAAAUUUCUUCAUCCUUUUCCCCCAAUUAUCAUGCCAUUUUUGGUUAAAAUUUCUCUCUCCUAGGGUUUCCAUUUCUGCAAUUUUUCAUCAUCAAUGGAGGAGGACCAAACAUCCACAAUUUCAGCCACUAUGAAGGUCGCCAAUGCCAGGUUAGUGAUGAAAAAAAUCAGCGAAACUUUUGAUAAUUCGAACUCAAAUGUGUUUUCAAUUCCUUCUCUUUCCGAACAAUGGAGUGCUUUGCAGAGUUCCUUCUCCAUUGUAGAAGCUUCAAUGGCGAGUCGUGAGAAGGAACUUGAGUCAAAGGAGAGAGAAAUUUUUGAUGUUUUUGAGAAAGUUGAGAUGAUGAAGGAGAAGGCUGAAGUGAAGAGGAGUGAGCUAGAAUUAUGGGAGAAAUCGGUGAAAGAGAGGGUGGAAGAGGUGGAGAGGAGAGAGAAAGGGGUAAAACAGAGAUAUGAAGUGAUUGAGUUGAAGAAUAGGCAGAUUCUUGAGAGUCGGAAGAAGUUGGAAGGGUUGGGGAAGGAGAUUGAGGAGCGUAGUAGGGUGUUGGAGGUGAGAGAGGAGCAGUUGGCUGAACGGUGUAAUUUGGAUGAAGGGUUUCAGUUGAGGGAGAAGGAGAUGAUGGUGCGGGAGCAAGGGCUGGAUUCGAGGGAAAGGCGAAUUCGAGAGCGAAUGAAGGAGUUGGAGUUGAAGGAGAAGGAGGUGAAUGAGGGGGUGAUGUUGAAGGAGAAGGGGGUGAAGGUGCGUGAGGAGGGGCUCGAUUCGAGGGAAAGGCGAAUUCGAGAGCGAAUGGAGGAGUUGGAGUUGAAGGAGAAAGAGGUGAAUGAGGGGGUGAUGUUGAGGGAGAAGGGGGUGAUGGAGCGUGAAGAGGGGCUGGAUUUGAGGGAAAGGCGAUUUCGAGAACAAAUGGAGGAGUUGGAGUUGAAGGAGAAGGAGGUGAAUGAGGGGGUUGAGUUGAGGGAGAAGGGGAUGAUGGAUUCAAGGGAAAGGCGAAUUCGAGAGCGAAUGGAGGAGUUGGAGUUGAAGGAGAAGGAGGUGAAUGAGGGGUUUUUGGUUUGUAGGAAUGAGUUAGAGGUGAAGAAGGAGGAAUUGAUUGAAAGUCGUCGAGGGUUGGGAUUGCAACAGAGGAAGUUGAAUGAGCAGUGUGAUGAGUUGGAGAUGAGAGCUAAGAGAAUGGCGGAGGAGCGGAAGGUGUUUGAGUUGAAGGAGAAGGAGUUGAUUGAGAGUUUUGAAAGGGUGGAGGUGAUGAAGAGGGAGGUUCAGGAAAGGUGUGGAGCAUUGGAAGUGAAGGAGAACGAAUUCGAGGUGCGUCGAGGAAAGCUAGAGUCGAGAGAGAAGGAUGUUGGUGAGUGUAUUUUGGCAGUGAACAGGAAAGAGAGGUUAGUGAAUAUGGAUGCUCGAGCAUUGAAGUUGAAAGAAAAGGAAAUGAGUGAGAGUGCUCGAGCAUUAGAGUUGAAGGAGAAGGAAAUUGAUGAGAGAUGUAAAGGGAUGGAGUUGAUGAAGAAGGAAGUUGAUGAAAGGUGUAAAGCAGUAGAGUUGAAAGAAAAGGAAAUGAAUGACAGGUUUCGAGAAUUGGAGCUGCAAGAGAAACGAGUUACUGAGAGUCGAAAAGGGUUGGGAUUGAUAGAGAAGGAAAUUGAUGAACGUUUCCGAGCAGUAGAAUUGAAAGAAAAGGAACUGAGUAAAGGUGUUCGGGUGCUGGAAAUGAAAGGGAAGCAGACAGAUGAGAGCCAUAAAGGCCUGAAACUGGUAGAGCAGGAGCUCAAUGAGCGGACUCAAGCUUUAGAAUUGAAGGAAAAGGAAAUGAGUGAAGGUAUACAAGCUCUGGAGUUGAGUAAGCAGCAAUUGAAUAGGCAUCGUGAUAGUCUGGAAUCAAAAGAGAAAGAAGUUAAUGAAUACUUGAAGGUAGUGAAAUUGGGAGAGAAGCAAAUGAAUGAUAGUGUCGAAGCUCUAGAACAGAAAGUAAAGCAAAUAGAGGAUUGUUGCAAGGGGAUUGAGCUGAAACAUCGCCAAGCAGCGGAAGUCAGAGAGAAGCAGUUGAAUAAAAAUCUUGAAGUUCUAGAAAUGAAAGCGAAGGAAAUAGAGGAAUGCUUUAGAGUGAUGAAGCUGGAGGAGAAGAAAAUGAAAGAAUAUUCACAAGGGGUGGAUGCAAAAGAGAAGCAAAUUAAUGAGCAGUGUCAGGAUUUGGAGUUGAAAGCGAAAUUCAUUGAUGAGCGUUGCCAAUGUUUGGAGUUGCAAGAGAAGCACAUAGAUGAGCGCUACCAAAGUUUAGAGUUGAAAGAGAGGCAGGUCAAUGAGCUCUGCAGGGCAAUUGAGCUGAAAGAGAAACAACUGAAUGAGGGCCUUCAAGCUCUUGAACCGAAAGAGAAACAACUGAAUGAGGGCCUUCAAGCUCUUGAACUGAGAGAGAAGCACAUUGAUGAAUGUUACCAAAAAUUAGAGCUGAAGAUAGCACAGAUCAGUGAGCACAGUAAGAUGGUUUUGCUGAGAGAGAAGCAACUAAAUGAGCGCCUUCAGGCUCUUGAAACGAAAGAGAAGCACAUUGAUAAGCGUUGUGAAAAAUUGGAAUUGAAAGAAAAACAGAUCAGUGAACAGUGUAGCAUGGCUGAGCUGAAAGAGAAGCAAUUGAAUGAGGCUCUUCAGGCUUUUGAAUUAUUAGAGAGGCAAAUAAAUGAGAAAUACAGGGAAAUGGAGCUAAAAGAGAAGGAGGUCAAUGACCGUUAUGAAGCAAUGGAGGAGAAAGAGAAGCAGAUAAGAAGCUCCACUUCAGUACAAGUUGAAACUAAAGAGCCUUUGCCGGAGACUUUAACAAGCUAUGUUGCUUCAUCAUCCAUUAGGUUGUCUGAUGACAUAAAAUUGCUAUGCAAAAACAUGGACAUGAAAGGUGUAAGAUCUUAUAUUGUUCAGCAUGUCAAGGUGUAUGAUGUAUCGGAGGAUAAGCUUUUCGAUUCUCUUUGUUUGGCAUCAGAUCCAGCAAAGCUUGUGUUAGAUGUGAUUCAAAGUUUUUAUGAGUUGGAGUUGGAAGAGGUUCCAGUGAAAGAUUUUACAAAAGGCUGUAUAUUUCUGUUAGUCCAGUUAAUGAAACUAAGGGCUGAUAUAUCCUCUCAUGUGAAAGAUGAAGCCAGAGAAUUUGCUGACAUCUGGAAGAUGAUGCUGAAGCAGGAUAAUAUUUCUUUGGAGAAUUUUGGCUUUUUACAGUAUGUAGCCUCAUACAAGCUAGCAGAGUUCUACCAGGUGGAUGAUCUCCUUUCACUUUUUGUAACCUUUUGCAAUCAGAGGGAGGUUUAUCAACCUGAGAAGAAUUCAUAUUUAUGCGAUGCAUUGGGACUGACAGUAAAGAUUCCAGACCUUGUCCAAUCUCUUAUUUUGAGAGAUGAACAGCUGCAAGCAGUGCGGUAUAUAUGUGCACAUAAUAUGGAAGAUGCUUUCCCAAUAGCUCCACUAUUGAAAACCCAUUUAGCGAACAUCCACAAGAGAGUUAAGAAGAUACUCAACAGUGGCAGCAGAACAGCUCAGGAUGAUGCUUCUGAUACAGAAUUAACUGCCCUCAAAGAAGUUGUGAACUGUAUUUCCUACUUCAAGCUCGAUUCCCAUCAUUCCCCGGAUUCUCUUGAAUUGCGCAUUGAGCAGUUGGAAGAGGAAAGGGUAAAACGAAAGACCAAUGCAUGUUCGUUUACAAUAAAGAAGUGUUCAGACUUAGAAAAGACAGAUGUAGAGGAGAUGGAAACAAAUAAUCUAACUCUUCCCUCUGACUCCCUUACUGAGAAGAAACGCCCUGCAGUCUCUGUACAGUCUGCUGAACAAAAAAAGCGUCCUAGGGUAGUUUCUCGUCAUGAGUUAACUCCUCAUAAUCCUAUACUUCUUAGACAGCCUGCCAAUAUCUGGCCCAAUGGAUAUCCUUUUUGGCAACAUCAAUAUAUGCCUGUUACUUGGCAUAGCUAUCAUCUUCGUCCCGUGAAUACCAUGUCCAAUGUUCCAUAUAAUACAAGAACAGGUGGGUUAGUUUCUGGAAGUUACCCUGUUGGCAUGCCUACAUUGGUUUAUAACGCUAGGAGUCAAAAUCAGAGAACAGCACGAGACAGUGAUUCCAUUGCAGUGCAAGCAAACUUUUAUAGGAGAUAAGUUGAGCAGAUGAUUAUUUUGUGCGUAGAAACCUGAUCAUGCUAACUAAAUGCGAUGAUGUUUCAAGUACUUCGAAUCUCUAGUCGUGCCAGAUUAUUGACCUUUCAAAGAUACCAGAUGUGCACAAAUUUAGGUAAAGUAACAACCUGUGAAUGUUAAAAUGUGAAUAACAAGUUCAUACGUAGGCAGUAAUUGAAAUUUCUGAAGUCUGUUGAAUUUGGUAUCUGUAUAUGUUCCUCGUUAACAGAAGGCAACAUGUGUAAAUCCUUCAUUAACUUUUUGUUUCUUGCUCGGAUUGGACAUUGUUUAUUGUAAUUAUUGUUAACAGCCAGGUAUGAAGGAUUGUCAAAAGUUGCUGAACAUUUCUCCUGGUGAGUGGUAAAAUUUGUUGGAAGUUCACUCCUUUUCUAAAACAGUAAGUGGUUCGGUGGCUCCCUUCGUUCGCCUGGAAAUGCAACCUCACCCCUUCCCGCAAUGUAAGAUAGAAGAAAUGGUACUAGCCUAAUAGGUUAGAUGUCCUUUUCAACAAGCAUGUUCUUAGAUUUUCUUUC